CUCAGACUGAGUCUCGCCAAAAGCAUCCGGCAGUAAGUGCAGAUGGUGCCUGCGGCAGCUCUUUUCGACAUUCCGCUGCUACUGAUGGUGUGCGUACUAUGCCUUCUUUCCGGUACUGAGAGCCGCGAGGUGCAAACGCUGACCAGCUGCAGUGAGCUGCAGGAAUGGGCCAGCGGUAACAGCAGCAGACCACGGACACUGUACGACGUCCUCGGUGUGACGACCAACGCCACACAAGAGGACAUCAAGAAGGCAUACAGGCAAAAGGUAUACACACAAGGGGCCCGGCCGAUUGUCCGCCCGAAGAUGUACAUGCGUGACGGUGUGGCGCCUGCAGGCACUUGUGUGUCACCCCGACAAGAACCCGUUGGCUAACAGGACUGCUGCAGAAGAGACCUUCCUGUGGAUAUUGACGGCCUACGACAUCCUCUCCGACGACGCCAAGAGAGCAAAAUACGACCAAGAGUGGCUGCAAGACCGACAGGGGGCGGUUGACGGUGGUGGAGUGGGUGGCGACUACUAUGGUGAUGAGUGGGAGGUGUGGGCGGUGGAGGUGACCGAUGUCUAUGUGGUGGCCGACACGAACGAGGCGAUGCAAAUGGACGAGGCACUGGCACUCUUUGCGGCCAUAUUCGGACAGGGGUAGACUAGAAGGGAAUGUGGACCGGGGAAAUUGCCAUUGGGGUCCCUGCUCUGUCUCUGUACGUGUACCUACUUCAGGUUGGCGCACAUGUUUGGCAAUGGUCUGUCAGUCGAUGAAUACAUUUCGAUUGACAUCAUCGAAUACGACGACACACUUGCGGUACCGCAAAACACCAGCCAACAGUCCGUUGUUUCUCCCUCCUCGGACCCUGUCGGCCUCCACUCGGUACUGCAGCGGCUCAUCAGCGACUUCGGCAGCAGCAGCAGCAGCAGUGUCGGAUUCCUUUCCCCUCGCCAGCUGCCCUCACCACCACCACCAGACCACAGACAGUCCGAACCGCUCUCUCCGACUGGGGGGGAUGUCCUGUCGACCAUGACAUCCACCCGGCUCAUCAACGGCCACAACAUCACAGAGACCCGGGAGAUGCUGAAGGACGGCACGCGUCGAGUCCGGCAGGAGCAGGCCAAGGCUUAUGUGGACGGCCUUGGCAGCGUGGUGAACGUGUAUGAGGUUGGAGGCGGUAAGAGUGAAGGCCGAGAGACUCUCACACUGCUCGAGGUGUAUCCCAAUGGGACGGAAGCUGUCAGGGAGGUGUACGAUAUGGGAGCCGUGAGAAGUGCAUGACUUGAUUGAGGAGACACAUGUGUGUGUGCGGGUGCACACUUGCGGUUGUUCAUGCGUCUCGUCUGUUGGUCAGUUGGUCAUGCGUCUGCAGAUUGGUCCAUGAUACAUACAUCAAUGGAACACGUGUUUAUGCGAUGCACUCACUGUCAUCCAUUCAUGCG